AUGAGCGACAUCGAGAAACAGUACGAUCCGGCUGUGCCUAAUGCUGCGAAAGAGAGCGAUGAGAUUGGUAGGCAGCUAGAAGGCAUCGACCCGGUUUUGGAAGCAAAGAUUGUGCGCAAGCUGGAUCUUUUCGUCAUUCCGGUGGUUAUGCUGUUGUACUUGCUUAGUUUUCUGGACAGAGUCAACAUCGGUAAUGCCCGUCUAUACGGUCUACAAGAAGAUCUAAAUAUGGGCGAUUCUCAAUUCCAGACAGCCGUCUCCAUUCUGUUCGUCACGUACAUCCUGUCCGAAGUACCAUCAAAUCUGGUGCUGAAGAAACUUACGCCCUCGCGAUGGAUAGCCUUUAUCACUGUCGCAUGGGGUAUCAUCGCGACCUUGACCGGUAUCGUGCAGAGCUACGGCGGUCUGAUCGCAUGCCGCCUUCUUCUUGGCGCCGUGGAAGGAGGGUUGUUCCCCGGAAUGGCCAUUUACUUGACAUUCUUCUACACCAAGCGCGAACUUGCUCUACGCAUUGGAUACCUCUUCGUCUCUGCUGCCCUGGCUGGAGCUUGCGGUGGACUACUCGCGUACGCUAUUGGACAUAUGGACGGUACGGCUGGCCUGCGCGGAUGGCGCUGGAUCAUGAUCAUCGAAGGUAUUCCCACCUUCGUCCUAGGUAUCGCGACCUGGUUCAUCCUGCCGGACACCCCGGAAACUGCCUUCUUCUUUACCGCUGAAGAGAAGGCUUUCGCCGCCGCUCGUCUCAAGCGCCAGACAGGAUACACCAAGAAAGCAGCGGAGUUUCACUGGGAGGAUGUAAGGAAGUGCGUCAAGGACUGGAAGGUCUGGGUAUUCUGCUUUGCGCAAUUCGGAAGCGAUACCAUGCUUUACGGCUACUCUACUUUCCUGCCGACGAUUAUCAGGUCGAUCAACACUACCGCCAGCAGCGCGAUGGUGCAGGUCCUUACGAUUCCGUGCUAUGCACUGGGUGCCAUUACCUACCUGGUUGUUGCGCGUUUCUCCGAUAAACAGCAGAAGCGUGGAUUUUACAGCAUAUUGCUCGGCGUGGUGAGCAUCGUCGGAUACGCCAUGUUGAUCAGCGAUGCGAGUUCAGGCGUUCAUUACGCUGGCUGCUUCCUUGUCGCAAUGGGCUUGUAUGUAUGUGUUGGUCUGCCAUUAGCUUGGCUACCCACAAACCUGCCACGAUAUGGAAAGAGGACCACUGCGACAGGGCUGCAGUUAAGCAUCGGUAACUGUGCGGGUAUUAUGAGUGCUUUUAUCUAUCCCACGGCUGAUCGCCCCCGCUUCGUCAAGGGUCAUGGUAUCACUAUGGCUAUGGUGGCUUUUGCUUGUAUAUGCUACGGUGUCAUGUGGUUCCAUCUUGGGCGCAUCAACUCGAGACGUGAGAAGGGUGAGGAAGAGCAUCUCAUUGAAGGGAUGAGUGAUGAGGAUGUUGCAGAGAUGGGCGAUGACAGCCCGAGAUUCAGAUAUACGAUCUAA